UUGUGGUUAAGCCCUUUGUGCCUGCGCUAAAAUUUCAAUUCUACGCCUAAAUUGAUAGGUCGUAGACAGCAAGUGAGGCGAGAGCACCAUGGCCCUCACUAGCAAGCUCGCUGGGCAGACCAAGUUCACUUCGCAGAGGCGUGAUGCAGUUCGGGUCGCCUUCCAGGGCGUUCGGGUAUCAGCACGUGCGCCAGCCGUAUCCCGAUCCCGGACCGUGGGUCCGGUUGUUUGCCAGGCGGCCACCGAAUACAAGGGCGACUUGCUCAACAAGUCCUACUACCCCACUCUUGCCGACACGGCAAAUGUGAACAAGCGCUGGUACGUGAUUGACGCUGAGGGCCAAACGCUUGGUCGCCUUGCCACGCUUGCGGCGACGUACAUUCGGGGCAAGCACCUCCCCACGUACACACCAUCUAUGGACAUGGGCGCGUACGUGAUUGUGGUUAAUGCCGACAAGGUCGUCGUGUCGGGCAAGAAGGCUUCCCAGAAGACCUAUUUCCGCCACGUGACUGGGCGGCCAGGCUCCUACACCGUGGAGACCUUCCAGGAGCUCCAAAAGAGGCUGCCUGAGCGCAUCGUUGAGCGUGCCGUUAAGGGCAUGCUGCCCAAGGGGGCGCUGGGCCGCGACAUCCGGCUGCAUCUGAAGGUUUACAAGGGUUCUAAGCACGAGCACGAGGCGCAGCAGCCCCAGGACAUCACUAAGGAGAUCAGCAUCAAGCCCAAGAAUGGGCCUGGCGCGCAACUCCUUGCUGCGAAGAAGGUGGCCUAACCAGGCAGGAGGUCCAACGGCGCACGAGCGGCGGCAUGGCGGCGCAGCUAAGGAGGUGUUCUACGGUCGAGAUGUGUCAUUGGCGGACUUCAGGCAUAGUGGCCGAUGGGUAGCUCUUGCAUAGGCGAGGCGGAGGCUGGAGAUGGAGGAUUGUGUACGGUGUAUUUGCUACAUUAGCAUGUAGCUAAAUUGGGCAGGCUUAUUGUUGGGAACUGGCAGGCCUUUAUUUGCCCCCUAUCCGAUUUUUCCCGCGACGGCUCAAGGCGGGUCAGAUACCACGUUUGACAUACGGGCUUGGCUGUAUGGUGAUAGUUGGGGUUAAAAAAACUCGGCUUUUGCUCCAAAGGGCUGUCAUGCAAAUGUAAAGACGCCAAAUAUAUACAGCAAG